CACAACACCGUUGAAACGAGAAGACAUGACGAUUUUCUUACGUACUUUUGCAUACAUACGUCUCUUUCUUCUCACCUCGUACAUAAAGUCAAGAAUACGGAUCGGAUUUUCAGUUCUUAAUUUGGAAGCGGCACGAAAACGUCUACACAUUUUUCAAGUCUAAUCUCUCCUUUAAUUUAUAAAAUUUCUAUUAAAACAUAUACUUGCAAAAUUAUCACGAAUUAAAAUGUCUACCUGGGAAAAUUACUCUCCAGAGGAGCUAAUAAAGCAAAUGUCUGUCAGCCACUGGACUCCGGACAGAACGCCGGAAGAAGUUAUGAAUCAACACAUACAAAAUUCACUCUCAGAAACAAAAUCGGCCAGAGAUACGAUUAGUAACAAGCUUGGAAUUGCGUAUGGUGAAGAAGCUACCCAAAUAUUUGACGAGUACGGCACCGAGUUGAAGGACGACGCUCUGAUUUUCUUUUGGAUUCAUGGCGGAUAUUGGCAAGAGGGUACCAAAGAAAUUGCUGGACAUAUGGCACCAAAUCUUGUAGCUCGAGGCGUGAGAAAUGUCGUUGUGGAGUAUUCUCUGGCACCUAAAGUGAAAGUUGCUGAAAUACAGGAAGAAAUCAUCCAAGCUCUUCGGAAGGUUGGGGAAAUGUUUCCCAAGGCAAAAAUAGUAGUUGGAGGUCACUCUGCCGGUGGUCAACUAGCCGCGAUGCUGCUUCACAACAAGUCACUGGAUCCGAUUAUCUGUGAAAAGAUUGCCGGCUUGGUUUUCUCGUCGGGAGUAUUCGAUUUACGACCACUGGUAGCGACACCGUUAAAUAUUGCGCUUGGAUUGACUAUUGAGACGGCGGAAGCAAGCAGUCCCUUAAUUCUGAAGGAAAUUCAUUCCCAUUUUCUCAGCAAAAAGGAAACUUUUCCCAUUUUGGUAAUAGUUGGAGAGUAUGACUCGAACGAAUUUAAACGCCAAUCCGAAGAGUACCAGAAGCUCUUGCAGGCCUCAUUCCCAUGCGCGGAAGUUGUCACGAUUGAAAAAGAAGACCAUUUCACAGUGGUAGAAAAAUUGUCACAGAAAGAUUCAUUGGCUGGAAUUGAGCUGGGAAAAUUUCUGGAUAAAUUUGUGUAAAAUGAUGACGAAAUUUGGUUAACUGAAGAAGUUUGCUAUUUUGAAAGGAGAUAAUCAUUGCAUAAAUUUCAAAAUUCCUAAUCAUAAUUAGAUGAAACAUGAUGAAAUUAAAUUUAUGAAGAGCCUUGCUAUUUUUAAAGAUUACUUUGCAAAUAAUUAUUGCGUAUAAAAAAUUCCAAAAUUCAUAAAAAUGUCUAGUUGAAACAUGAUGAGAAUAAAUUUA